AUGCCAAUUCACUACAUCCCGCCACUGCAACUCAAUUUCACCACCUCUGCCGACCCUUCAAGUCCAUCGCGCGGGCCAAAGUACAUACGCAAGUACCAAAAUGGCCAGAACGACCGGACCGUCCAGCGAAAGCCUCGGGCGAUCGGCCGCCCCGGCAAGAACACCAGAGCGACCAACACGUUCGCCACCGCGGGAAUCUCCCAACCCCCGAACAAACUUCUCACCUUCCGGCCAGAGUCCCCGUGCACCACAACCGCUCGUCCCGCACCGUACUCCCCCCUCGCCAGGUCCGGCGUGCACGCCGCAGCGACCACCGCAACCCCUCCUGACGUGAAAACGCACAACCACCCGGCGGAAGUUACCUUGGAGCAGCUCCGGCAGGGGAGACGGGAAGGCGGGACCAGGGACGGGGAUUCCGCGCUCUGA